ACUGACAUGGUUGAAAAAGAUUAAAAUCAGAAUUGUUUCAAAAUUACAUAUAGAUCAAAACCAUCUAGGAAGCAUUCCAAUUAAGGUUUUCAUUUUUUUUUUUGGUCAAUCGUUCUAAUUAAGUUUAAAAAGCCAGAUACAUUUAUUGCUAUUUUCUACAGAUCGCUAAUAGCAGCCUACUUGUUCUUAAUGGCUACAAAAACGUAUUCCACUUAGAAGGAGGCCUAUACACAUGGCUCAAAGAAGGACUACCAACAGUAUCUAAAGAGUGAUGUCAAUGUAAGGAUGAAGCUUAUAGAGAAGCUUAAGUUUUGGCUUCAUUGAGAAUGUUAGUGUAUUGGUGACAAGACUGACUAAUUUUGUUAUGUGAACCCACAUAUUUGGUUUGUUUCAAUAUUGAAGUUUGAAUCUUUUGAUCAACUAAGAAGACUAAAUCUUAUUAGUCCUGUGAAAACUAUUUCACUAAAUAUUUGUCAUUUAGAACUUGAAUGUGUGUGUAAACUGUAAUAGUUUGAAGAUAUUGGUAAUUUAUUACAAGAACUCCGGCAUCCAGUCCAAGGU